GCUGAUGUCAUCGGGCGGCGCCGGCGGCGGUGGCGGCGGACAAGAUGGCGGCGCGCGGUGAGGACCGGGAGGCUCCGGAGGCGCCUUCGCCGCCCCCGCCGGGCCCGGGCGGCGGCGUCAACGUGUUCGCCAACGACGGCAGCUUCCUGGAGCUCUUCAAGCGCAAGAUGGAGGCGGAGGAGCAGCAGCGGGAGCGCGAGGCGGCGGCCGCGGCCGCGGAGGCGUCCGGUGGCGGCGGCGGCGGUACCGGCACGCAGCGCGGCGGGGCCGACGGCGCGAAGAGGAGCGGCGGCGCGCUCAGCUUCGUGGGGCGGCGGCGGGGGGGCAACAAGCUGGCCCUGAAAACGGGAGUGGUGGCCAAGAAGCAGAAAACGGACGAGGAGGUGCUGACGAGUAAAGGUGAUGCCUGGGCCAAGUACCUGGCGGAGGUGCAGAAGUACAAAGCUCACCAGUGCAGCGACGACGACAAGACGAGACCCCUGGUCAAAUAACCCCGGCCCCCCCCCCCCCCAAAAAAACCCCCCCAAAAACCCGUGGGGGGGCCCCCAAACCCGGCCUGGACCCCCCCCAAAAAACACCUGCUCAAAUAGGCCCCACCCCCUCCCCAAAAUGACCUGUGGGGUGGGGCUGCUGACCACGCCCACCCCCCAAAAAUAUUGAAUUAAAUAGCGCUGACCCCCCCCCCAAAAAAAACAACAGUGAGGGGGGGUCCUGGCCCCGCCCACCCCCCAAAAAUACUCAAUUAAAUGGCUCUGACCUCCCCCACCCCAAAUUUACCUGCGUGAUGGGGCGUGGCCACAAAUAGGCCACGCCCUUCCCCAAAACGCGUUUUAAAGUGGGGACCCCCCCCCAAAAUCCCCAAACCCCCAUUGAGGGGGGGUCCUGCCCCCCCCAACCCCCCUGUAAAUACCUAUGGAAAGGUGAAGGCCCCGCCCCUUUUGUGGCGGCCCCGCCCCUUUUCUAUUGCCCCGCCCCAGCUGGAUUUGAUUGACAGCACCAUCCCCCGCCCCCUCCCCCCCCCAGCCGCGUUUUGGGGGAAUUUUGGGGGGGUUUGGGGGGGCGGCGCGGAAUUAAAGAGCUCUGAGGUUUCGGA